AUGUCUUUCGCUACCCUUCCCUCUGAGCUCAUCAUCCAAAUUUGUGGACACUUGGAACUGAUCGAUUGGUGUGCACUUCGGCUCACCUGCAAGACACUCUUCCUUCGCACGUGGGAACGCUUUGCGGACUCAUCAUUUCAGACUAUUUGUGUAUUGAUCACAAGUGAGGGUCUGAGUCGUCUGGCAGCUCUCGCUGCAGACGAGAAUCUGCGACCACGGGUGAAGGAGCUCUGGAUAGUUCCCACCCUAUUCGAAGGAUCGCUCGAUAAAGAAUACUCGCCACCUGGUCCCAUACCUAUGGCGCUAAAUAACUCGUUCUUUUCUCGGGGGGUCUAUGCGGAGGGAUUGUGGACCGAUACUGAGAUCUUCAACCGUUUCACCGCAUACCAGGCCAUGGUUGCAGAUCAUUGUCAAGUAUUGGAUACGGGUGCCUUUACCAGUGCUCUUAGGAAGUCGCUGGCUUGCUUCAAUAAUCUGGGAGGGGUCGGGCUGCGAUCCUGUCCAACGUGGGUACUACUCGAUUCGUCGAGGCCGAUGAAAUUCCCGUGCUUAGGAGUACGCCACCUUCGCGAUCAGCUACCCUGUCACAGGACAGUACGUUCAUCCGGCUACUCCGAACGUGCGAAGGCCACAAUGGGAGAUAAACAUGCAAGGGUUUUUCUGGAAGUCAUAGAUGCGGUUGUUACGGCACAGCAAAAGCUGCAGAGACUCGAGACGUGCGAUCGUCACCACUGCGGUGUAGCGGCGCAGGAUCUCAUAACAUUAACGACAAAACCGCAGUAUCAGCAAUUCCUACAGCUUCUCCAGACUCUCGAGAAUCUUCAUCUGUGCCUCUGUAGCACGGGAAAAGUGCCCGCAAGGGACGAACACGGAGAUCGUCUGCGGGGUAUACUGGAGAUGGUGGUGACCGCCGCUCCCGGCUUGCGGACCCUCACCUUCUCACUCUCCUGCACCCCCGAAAAGCACCUCAAGCCGCAACUGUUCUCCCAACUCGCCCAGCGCGUCUACUUUACACGGCUGGUGGAGGUGGAACUCCGCGAUCUUGAUACCACGCGGGACGACCUUCGAGCGUUCCUCCGCUCUGCGACGACCACUCUCCAGCGUCUCAGCCUAUCCUCAAUAAGCCUAGCCGAGUCCAUCCAGACCGCCUCGCCCUGGAAUCCCCGUGCCUCUCGUGCCGACAGAAAACAAUGGCAAGUCAACUACAGGGCAGAGAUCGUGCACCGGUGGCAGACGGUCUGGGCGAACCUCUAUGAUGAUCUGCCCUCGCUCCGUUACCUCUACAUGGGUAACCUCUUAUUCCGCGGCCAUCCGAUCGACGUGAGCGAUCCCCUGUGGAUGCGGAGUGGGAGAUCACGUCAGACAUGCCAUGCUAGGGCUGUCGCCUUCGACGCCGACCACGCGCAAAUUCCGCUGGGUGAAUGGAUUCGCCAGCUGAAGGCUAACGCGUCGGAAAUGGUGAUGAAUGACUUUCUACCGGAGUGGCGGUGGGUCGGGCGGAGCUCAACGCCCCAUUUCGUCUCUGGUCCGUUCCGCCAACGGCCGUCAGCUGCGGGCAGAAACGAACAACAGUCAGAUUAG